UUGGAUUCUGUUUAUUUGUACUAAUUUUUACAUUCUACGCCGUUCCGUUUUGUGAGAAAACAAAUUAUAUAUUUAAAUUUGUUACAUGGGCCUACUGUAAGAAUAGAAAGAGGCCCAAAUAAAAGCCUAUAGUUCAUAGCAAGCCUGCUUUUAGACUCUUCCAGAUCUCCAAACAAUGCAAUUAUUAGACUUAUCCUCCGCCUUUCGCCACCCACGCGCCGCCGCGUUAGCCACCACCUCCUCCGGCGUAUCAAUUUCCCAUUCUCCCACUAGAAAAUUCCACCCUACCAACGUAACCUUAUCCUACUUUCCACCUUCCUCUACAUUACUUCUAGCUUCUUCCUCACGUAGAUGUUUCACCUGUCGACUUGGCGACAAUGAUAAUUAUUGUAACGACGAUGAGACUGAAACCGAUGAAGAUGAUUAUUUGAUUGAUUACUUUACAGAUGGGAAGACGGAGGAAUUGGUAGUAGGCGACGAUGGGGUUCUCAUUGAGGUGAAGAAGCUCGAGAAGAGCUCGCGGCGUAUCCGUUCGAAGAUUGGUAUGGAAGCGAGCUUAGAUGCCGUGUGGAGUGUCUUGACGGAUUACGAGAAGCUGUCGGAUUUCAUACCGGGCCUUGUCGUUAGCGAGUUGGUCGAGAAGGAAGGGAACCGUGCUCGGCUUUUCCAGAUGGGGCAGCAGAACUUAGCAUUGGGUCUCAAGUUCAAUGCCAAAGCUGUUCUAGACUGUUUCGAGAAGGAGCUUGAGAUUCUACCAAAUGGGAGGAGACGUGAAAUCGACUUUAAGAUGGUCGAAGGAGAUUUCCAGUUAUUUGAAGGCAAAUGGUCCAUUGAACAAUUAGACAAAGGGAUUCAAGGGGAGGCUUUGGAUUUGCAGUUCAAAGAUUUUCCGACGACGCUUGCAUACACUGUAGAUGUUAAGCCAAAGAUGUGGUUACCAGUGCGGCUUGUGGAAGGAAGAUUGUGCAACGAGAUAAAAACAAACCUUUUGAGUAUUCGAGAUACAGCUCAGAAAGUCAUUGAAGGUGUUAUUCAUGAUCUUUGAGUUUUCUUUCUUUUAAGCUCAAAGUUGGCGUAGUGUUCUACUUCUCUGCAGGUUAGAUAAGAUACAAUAAGCCUAUGUAAUGGCUUUACUACAUACACACGUUCGUUUUUCUCACACUUGUAUACUCUGAUCUAUAUAGUCUUUGAAUAUACCAAAAUUUUCCGAC